AUGACACAGAGACAAAGGGGAAGUAGUCUUCAAGAAUCUCGAUGUAAUAGUUGGGAGAUGUCCCAGACAUGGCCAGGCGGUGUGAAUGAUUCGCACUGGUUCACGCGAUCUGGCAGUGACUGCGUAGCAAGUGUGGAAGUUCGAAUUAGCUGCUUGAAUUCUUCGCAAACGAUUAGGGCAGGGGACGAAGCAAGAGAAACGCUUACAGUAGUGGGUGCUCAGAUGCACAUAAGGGGUUCCGAACGAGUGAGACAAGUGGGGGGCCUCUCCGUUGAAACUCUAUCCAUAUUUGGAAAGUUUUGUUAUGAGAAACAUAUGUUCGCUGCGAUAACAAACACGCGCGGGAGUGAGACUGGUACGGAUCGUCAGAAGGGUAAUCUGAAGGGGGAGUUGAAGUGCUUUGAAGUCGUUGAUAUAAUAUUGGUUCCAAGGUGUAAUGGUAAGGUGUUUGUAGGUGACGGACGUAAAAUCAUGUCUACACGGAAGACUUUAUACCACGUCCAACAUGACUGGGUGAUGGCCCUCAAGCUUGAAUCAAGUCUUAGCACACGUAAGGCUGAAACAGAAAUGCAAAGCGUCACUCGGUCAUCAGGUGUAGGGUCGUACGAAAGGCUGCCAUUGAGAUGGUCUGGCGAUUUGAACGUGGUAGGCGUGCAACGUUAUGACGGCCCGCGUAGAAUGGAAUACGACACCUUAAUUGAUUUGGGACGAACGCGUGGAUCUGUGGAACCAAUUGUUCUGGUCGAAGACGCUAGCGGGGAAUCGGUCCUUCUGGAAGGGCGUUGCAAGUUGCGUGGAGUAGUUGUGCAGGGUGGCGAAGACCUUUGCGCGAGGAUGGUCUUGGACGGUAUGUCGAGCGAAUGCCAAGCAAUACUUCCGGGCUUGGAAGGCUUGACCGUCUCGGGACGUGGCCUGGUGCUGCAAGGCAACCCAGUCUGCACGGACGCCUAUGGGGAUGAGUGGAGGGUCGCGGUCUUAAUGCAUAGGGAAUGGGACAUGGCAGUACGUGACGAAUUAUAUUUGACGAGUCCAAUGCCAUUGCUGAUAUAA